AUUCAGAUUUUUUGAAAUACAGUAUUUGUAUUUUUACUUCCGGUUUGAGUGAAACAUUUGUCUCGCUACAGUGGCUAUUCGCUGUUCUAGGAGAAACCGUUGAAUACAACAGUUGGAUAAUGUCCAGAAUCACGAAAAGAAAACAUGUAGUGCGGGAAGUUCUUGACGAAUAUGUUUUGCCAAGUGGCAAGCAGGACAUUGUUAGGGUAUUGGGAGGCAGAGGAAACAAUUUGCAUGAAGUCGAAGAUCCUACAGGCACAAAGUACCUUGUGAGCAUGCCUACAAAAUUCCGCAAAAAUGUCUGGAUCAAAAGAGGAGACUUCGUGAUUGUUGAACCUAUUGAGGAAGGUGAAAAAGUGAGGGCUGAAAUUGUACACAUUCUUCUUCGGGACCAUAUAAGGCACAUUCAAGACCAGGGUCUGUGGCCAGCUUUGUUCCAGCUAGAGCAACAAAAAACAGACUGUUAUGUCCAAGAUGACAUGUUGCCUCCGAGUGAUUCUGAAGGCGAGGAAGAUUUGGGGCUGAAGGUGAUUAAUACCAAUCGAAGGCAAGUUGAAGAUGACGACUCUUCUGAUGAAGAAGACUUGGAAAGUGAGAAAGAGAUAGACAAUUCAGAGGUGGAGAAUGAUGAAAAGACAGACAAUGAAAAGAAAGUAGAAGAGACAGCUGAGGGGGAAAAUUCUCCAGACUCCAGAAUAACUGAUUCAAUUCUUACUGAGAGAUAACACACCAGGAUGAAGAUAUUUUUGUUUAUUUUGUAUUUGUGGUGUUUUAACAUUGUUUUGGAAAAAAAAUCCAUAAGACAUAUUAAACCAACAUUCAGAAAAUUCAAGAGGUGUCUUGUACACACUGCUGUUGUGCAAAUACAUGUUUUUUUUAUAAAAUAGUAAUAAAGGCAAUGUGAAUAUAAAUAUU